UGAGUGCUGUAAAGUACAAAGAAUAUUCGUUUAGAGUAUGAAAUUUAGAGGACCAGGCUAACACUCUUUAUUACAUCGAGACACAUGCCUUCGAGGACAAAUGAAAAAUCAGUGAAUCCAACAGGAGAGCGUCAUCUGCACCGCACCACCACACCAGUGGCAGUGGGGCUCUGCUCCUCUUCCGCCGGGGACCCUGGCACAGGCGCGCGUGCAAAAAGUGCGGGAAAUGCCCUCCGCACGGUGGAAAACCCGCGUCGCACGCCCGCCACGACGCGGACGCGCCCGGCGCCCCCCACAGCCGUCCUGUUCCUGCACAGGACGCGUGAGAGAGAGGAGGGGACUGAACGGCAGGAGGAACGCGCGGCAAGCAGAACGUGUGCAGGGCGCGCGUGAUCGCCCCGGCCACCACCACGCGUCCCCCCGGCUCCGCAGACCGCACGGCCGCGCAGCCGUGGUGCCACGCUAUGGGACAGCAAGGCGGGCCGUCCCGCGGCACGCCCCCACCAACUGGUUCCCGUCGACGCCACGGCAGCGUUUGCACUGAGCCACUGAACUGAACUGACACGGCAUGAAUUGCGCAGAGAAAAUGGAAUCAAAUACUAUCACACUGCUAUGGCUGGCUGGGCCCCGUCGUUUUCGCGGGAAGACGCCUUGCGGAAACAAAGGCGCCAGAAGCAGUAAUUGAGGCAACAACAACACGAUGGGCAGGGCAGAGCUUUGACCGGAGUCUACUACCACAGUGCAGUUGCCUCUGCUUAUAUAUAUAAAACACGCCAGAGUUUACUCCAAUCCAAGCAGAAGAGAAGAGAGGCAGACAGGCUCACUAGUGGGAGAUGGUGACUACUACGAUCGAGGACCUCCACGGCGACGUGCUGGGCUGCGCGCUGCGGCGGCUGGACGGGCGGUCGCUUGCGGCGGCCAGCUGCGCCACGGUCGCGCUCCGGGCGCUGGCCACGGACCCGGAGACGUGGCGCGCGCUCUGCGUCGCCGAGUGGCCGUCGCUGGCGCUGGCGCUGGCGGCGCAGCGCCGGCUGCUCGCGGCGGUCCCGCCGCAGCGGCUCUUCGCCGACGCGCACCCGUUCCCGUCCGCGGACACCGGGGGAGCCGGAGGUCCCGACCCCGACCCCGUCCCCGCCGGGGAGCUGGUCUCCGCGGUGGACGUCUACUACAGGGGCGCCCCCCUGCUGUCCCGCUUGGUGGAGACGCCCGCGUCCUCGCCGUGGUUCCUCGGCUCGCCGUUCCGCGUGGAGGCCGUGGAGCGGAAGAGGCCGGCCUCCGCCGCCGCGGUGCCCUCGCCGGCGGAGCUCGAGCUGAGCUGGGUGGUCGUGGACCCGGCCCGCGGCCGCGCGGUCAACGUCUCCAGCCGGCGCCCCGUGGCGGUGGCCCGGCACUGGUACACGGGCGAGACGCUGGCGCGGUUCGCCGUGGUGCUGGGAGGGUGCAAGUUCGAGGCCACCGUCGCCUGCUCCGAGGGGGCGGAUGGGCACGUCAGCGAGGUCAGCCUGGCCGUGGAGGACGCCGACGGCGCCGCCGUCAGCGGCGAGGGCACGCUGCGGCUCCUCGCCGCGGCGAUGGAGGCCCCCCGGAAGGGAGGGGCGCGGGAGCCGGAGGAGGCCCGGAGGCGGUACCUCGACUUCGUGAAGCGCAAGAAGGGGAGGAAGGAGAGCAAGGCGCGCCGCGAGGCGCUCGUGGACCUGUGCUGCUCCGCUGCCAGCGCCGUCGUCGUGCUCACCUGCCUCGCCGCUGUCGCGCUCCGGUGACCGGCGCCUGCUGCCUGCUGCCCGGACGGACGAGCGCGUGUAUUGGGCACUAGCCACUAGGCAAGGCAGCUGCACACAGGACGUGUCGUAACAUCUCGGGUAGCACUUGAGUAUUAGCGUACAACGUCGGGUGGCGAUCUUUUCUCCAACGCUCUUUUUCUCUCUCUCUUCUUCUUCCCGGUAACAGUUAGGAACAGCACAUCAUCAUGUCCUGCACUGGUGUGCAUCGUUUUCCUAUCCUAUAACAAACGACGUGACAGCAAUACAGAAGAAAAAAAAAAUAUCCCCCCGUCCA